AUGCCCACCAACCGCGGGCACCUGCCGGAUGACCUGGAGCACCCCGGGGGCACCACCGAAGACCGGGGGGAAGCGUGGCAACAGCGCAAUGCCGGAUGGACCCCUACACCACCGCUGCGGGGCCGUGGGGGCCAGCUCGAGAAGACCACCACGCGAGGGCUGUCCCAGCAUCCGAGGAACCCCGGCCUCAGGGAAGGGGAAGAGAGUGAGAACAUCAGUGAAAUUGAGUUCAAUCACUACGACAACAUGACUUGGGAUGGCCAGCAUGACCCACCAAGUCUCCAGGCCCAGCGGUCAGUGGUCAUGGUCAUCUACGUGGUCGUCUUUGUGGUGGGUGUGCCGGGCAACCUGCUGGUACUGUGGGUGACCGGCUCACAGGUCCGUCAGUCUAUUAACGCCAUCUGGUUUCUCAACCUGGCUGUGGCCGACCUCCUCUCCUGCCUGGCGCUGCCAAUCAUCAUUGCAACCAUCAUGCAUGGCAGAUGGCUUUUAGGUAAGAUGGGCUGUCAUAUCCUGCCCUUGCUCUUGUACUUCAACCUCUACGCCAGCGUCCUGCUCCUCACCACCAUCAGCGCCGACCGCUUCCUCAUCGUCUUCAAGCCCAUCUGGUGCCGGAACUACCGUGUGGCCCGGCUGGCCUGGCUGGCUAGUGGCGUGGCCUGGAUGCUGGCCCUGGUGCUCACCAUCCCUUCCUUUGUCUUUGUAGAAGGCUACGAGGAUCCUGUUUCUAAGGACGUAUUCUGCUUUGUGGACUUUGUGACAGACAGUGCAGCACUUACUGUCACCGUCAUGCGCUUUGUCCUGACGUUCCUGGGCCCCCUGGUCACGAUGAGCGUCUGCUACACUUUGCUCCUGCUUCGGACCUGGCGCCGGCCGGCCACUCGCUCCACCAAGACCCUCAAGAUGGUGGUGGCUGUGGUGACCAGCUUCUUCGUCCUCUGGCUUCCCUUCCAUUUUUCAGACUUGCUUUUUGUCUUUUUCCCCAGUCUCUCCUCCAACAUGGAGCUAGUCGUAUCCCUGUACAUAAUUGGAACGGCCCUAGCUUACACCAACUGCUGCAUCAACCCCAUUAUCUAUGUGGCCGCUAUGGGGCUAUGGGGCCAGCACAUCCGGUUCUGGCUUGGCCGGCUGCGUCAACUGCUGACUGAAGGCUAG